UGUUGUUUGACGUCUGCAUUUUGAGUGGGAAUGUUGCUGGCGAGCUGCUCCUGUAUGUCGUCUGCUGGUCCACAACAGUGCUGGUGGAGGCCGAGGGUUCCGGGCCACGGGGACCUCGGUUGCCAGAUCCAAACUGCGUCUGCUGAAGUAGAAGAAACUCUGAAAAGAAUCCAAUCCCACAAGGGUGUUGUUGGGGUCAUUGUUGUCAAUGCUGAAGGGAUUCCCAUCAAGAGCACUUUAGAUAACCCCACAACAAUACAGUAUACUGGACUCAUUAGUGGUUUAACUGACAAGGCUCGCAGUGUUGUUCGUGAUUUGGAUCCAACAAAUGAUCUUACAUUCCUUAGAGUUCGGUCCAAAAAACAUGAAAUUAUGAUAGCCCCUGAUAAGGAGUAUAUGCUGAUUGUGGUUCAAAAUACUAAUGAAUAACUUGGCAACAAGGCAUAAAGCUUAGUAUGGUUAGUUAAAUUAUUUGUUUGUUUAUAAGCAUUUGCAGUAAAAGCUGUAUAAUCAACAUGUUAUAAUGCUGAAUAAAGCUUUAAUAUUUGACUGAA